AUGUGUAAGGUUGGUCGGACAACUAAAAUAUGAAAGUGUGGAUUGCUUUUAUUUUUGUAUUAGCAUAUAUUCUUGCGGGAUUGUUUGUACUUGGAGGUGAUCAAAGCUGGGGUAUCAGGUCUCCAACAGAUAAACUAUUGCUACAUAAAAGACUUAUAUGGCCUGUCGCUCACAGGAAUGGUCUCAACAAAUACUAUUCGUACUUUCAAAAUAACCGUCAUGAGAGUAAAAAGUAUCGUAUAACACGAAUAGAGUUAAAGGAUCUCCAAAUGUCACCAUUCAGGAAGUUAAAACCUAAAAUAGUAUCUGGAGGAGUAAAUAGGUCUCAUGUUGUAAUUAGAAUUAGAAGUAAACGCAGCUCUGGAAUAAUGUACGAUUUAAAAAUAUACGGCAGAAAAAGGCGUUGGACCGAUUGGUUUGGUUGAGAAGUUAUAUUUUUAGAGGAUUUAAUUGUGGUUUCUAAUUAAUUACGAAAAA